CGGCGAGGGACCGAGGGGCCGGGUGCGGCGCGUGCCGCGCGGGCGGCUGCGGGAGGCGGCGGCGGCCGUGGAGUUGCGCUUCUGUGGGAAGGAGGUGGCUCCUGAACACUCGCCAGCAUGGUAGUUUUCACAUGCAAUGCGUGUGGAGAAGCUGUGAAGAAAGCACAGGUUGAAAAGCAUGUGAACAUCUGCAGAAACUGUCAGUGCCUGUCUUGCAUGGAUUGUGGCAAGGAUUUCUGGGGUGAUGACUAUAAAGAACAUGUGAAGUGUGUAAGUGAAGACCAGAAAUAUGGUGGAAAAGGCUUUGAAGCCAAAACUAACAAAGGAGAUGCUAAACAGCAGGAGUGGAUUCAGAAAAUUCAUGAAGUAAUGAAGAAGCCCAACAUAACCCCUAAAGUGCGGAACAUCCUGGAGCAAAUGCGUGCCUUUGAUAACAUUCCAAGAAAAAAAGUAAAGUUUCAGAAUUGGAUCAAGAACAGUUUGAGAAUUCAUGACAGCGCUUUGCAAGAUCAGGUGUGGGAUGUUUUCUCAGAAGCAACCAGAAACAUUUCAAAUGAAAAAGAACAAGACAAACCACAGCAGAAGGAAGAGCAUCAGUCUGCAGAAACUGGGGAAAAAACAAUGGCAGAAGAAAAUGGAAUUACAGAUGAAAAAACAGAGAGAAAAAAGAGUAAGAGAGAACGAAAAGAGGAGAGACAAAAGAACAAAAAGAAGGAGAAGAAAGAUCUGAAAUUAGAAAACCAGGCAGAAGUAAAAAAGAAUAAAAAGUCCAAAAAAGGAAAGGAGAGCGUGGAGGAUGAAUUUGAAGUAAAUGGAAAUGACAAUCACAGUGAAACAGAAGAAGAAACAAAUGUAAAGAAACGCAAACAUAAACAUGUAGAAGAGGAACCUCAUACCAAAACAAAGAGAAUGAAAACUGAAAGCAUUUCAGAAGACAUGGAAACAGAAAACAUCAAUGACAAUGAAGAAAAUGUGGGAACAGGUAAAUUCAACUGGAAGGGAACCAUCAAAGCUGUUCUGAAACAGGCUCCAGACAAUGAAAUUUCAAUUAAAAAACUAAGAAAAAAGGUGAUAGCUCAAUAUUAUGCAGUAGCUGGUGAAUGUCACAAAACAGAAGAGGAGAUCCUAGUCACAUUCAAUAAGAAAGUGAAUAACAAUCCCAAAUUUAGAGUUCUGAAGGACAAAGUGAAGCUUGUGAAAUAAACAGUUUGCAUACUUUUCAUAGCUGUUGCAUUUUAAUCUUGCAGACAGAGUCAAACUCUUCUGUCAGCUGUACAGGUACUAUGCAUUGGUCUCAAUUUAAAUUGUGUAUGUGAAAGCAGAAUUUAAUUUUUAAUACUGGAUUCCUUCCCUUUUUCUAGACUUACCACAGAACAUUUUCAGAUAUUUUAUUUUUUGAUUUUAUGGAAAAUGUAUAUUUUUUGGUAAAAGUUUUAAGAGGCAUUGAAAAUAAUUGCUGUCCUACGGUAUUAAAAUUCUUCCAGUAAUAGAAUUUAUAGGCAUGAAUAUUUUUCAGGACCUGGGUUGUGUGGCUUUUGGCAGAAACUAUUUUAAGAGCAAACAAGAUUUUCAUAUUCAAAAACCCACUGUAGAAUGAAUGUUUUGUUACACUAAAAUUCAAAACGCUGUGACUGAUGACUUUACACACUGUGGAUAGUGUGUGCAGCCUUUAAUAAACUGUUGAUUCUGUAUUAUAAAAUGCAUCAUUAAAGUGUCAGAUUUGUGUAUGCAGUAUUGCACAUUCAGUGGAAAUCUAAAGACUGAGUUACGUGUAUAUGCAUUGCUACUGAAAGUCUUGAUUAGUAAUGCAACUGACUUCAAUAGAAGUGGUUACAUGGACUAAAAAUUGACUGAUGAAAUAGAUUACUUUAAAAUACAACCUUAAAUAUAAUGAAUCUUGUCACUUUACAAUUGCAUAAUAAAUCCACAAAUUAUACAUAAUUUGAAGAGGCUGUUGUGUUGCAGUCACCAAAACAAUUUAGCUAGGCCAGAAAUGUUACAGGUAUGUGAGAGAAAGAGCUGCCUGGGGGAAGUUACUUGAAGCUUUAUAGGUUUUUGCUUAUGUGCAAAAUUACUUCCAUGUAGGAGGUUUCCUAUUAUGACAUAGGCUGUUAAAAACAGCGUUAUAAAGCAGUUGGUGGUAUGAUGUUUUUAAAAAUUGCUUAGUGAUUUCAAGCAGAUACACUUAUAUAAAACUCCACAGUAAAAAUAUCUGAAUUUAUAGAAAUACUGAAUAUAUUAAAAGUGUAAAUAUUAAAAAAUUAACUGUGAUACAUUAGGUCCAGUUUUUCAGAGUAUGUUUGUCUUACCAUAAAAGUUGCAAGAAAAGCACCUAAUAAAUUUAAGAUCUCUUCA